AUGGAGAUCGACGGUCACAGACGAGAAUACCACAUCGUUGUGCUUGGUGCUGGUGGUGUCGGCAAAAGCUGUCUCACUGCACAAUUUGUCCAGAAUGUCUGGAUCGAAAGUUACGAUCCCACCAUCGAGGAUUCAUACCGAAAACAAGUCAAUGUGGACGGUCGCCAGGUCAUGCUGGAAAUUCUCGACACGGCCGGUACCGAGCAAUUCACCGCCAUGCGCGAACUCUACAUGAAACAGGGCCAAGGCUUCCUCCUCGUCUUCUCCAUCUGCAACAUGAACUCUUUCUAUGAACUCGCCGAACUUCGCGAACAGAUCAUCCGCAUCAAAGACGACGAAGACAUCCCGCUGGUCGUGGUGGGUAACAAAUCCGACAUGGAAGAUGAUCGAGUCGUGCCCCGUGCAAGGGCAUUCCAACUCGCCCAGAGUUGGGGUCAGAAGCCGUACUACGAGACGAGUGCGCGGCGGAGGACGAACGUUGACGAAGUGUUUUUGAACCUCUGCGCGCAAAUCAUUGACAAGGAAGGCGCGAGGACUGCGUAUGCCGAGUCCCAGGCCGCCCAGCGGCGGCGGGACAGGCCAAAUCGCCAUGAUCGAAGGGGCAGGAGGCAAAGGAACCGUGAUAGAUGCGUCAUCUUAUGA